AUGAGUGUAUCCAAACCUCCACCGCACCCCCCCACCUCCCACCUGACCCUGCCCCCAUCCUCCUCAUCGUCGGCACCCUCCUCCUCCGCCACCUCCCCGUCAGUGGCCGCGCCCCCGCCCUCGCCCGUCAAGAUCUCUAUGCAGGAGCACUUCGCCAUCAACGUGUGCCCGGGACCCAUCCUCCCCAUCCCUCAGAUCUCAGACUUUUUCCCCCGGUUCCACGACUACCCCUGCACCCCGCCGCCGCCCCGAGAGAAGAAGAUCCUGAAAGAGGAGACGUUCAAUGGUGUGACAGGAGGUUUCAAGGAUGGAGAGAGACGAGCAGAGAAUGAAGGAGACAAGGAGGAGGUGUUUGACUCUGAUGAUGAAGACACCUACUUGGGAACUUUGGAGUUCACCCUACACUUUGAUCAAGACAACAACUGUCUUCACUGUACGAUUCACAAAGCAAAGGGACUGAAAGCCAUGGAUUCCAACGGGCUGGCCGAUCCAUACGUCAAGCUUCAUCUUCUCCCAGGGGCUAGCAAGGCUAACAAGCUUCGCACAAAAACCUUGAAGAACACUCUGAACCCAGUUUGGAAUGAGACGCUGGUGUACCAUGGCAUCACCGCCGCCGACAUGACCACCAAAACGCUCAGGCUCUGUGUCUGUGAUAUGGACAGGCUCGGGCGAAAUGAAUUCAUCGGAGAGGUGAGGGUGGCUCUAAAGAAACUGAAGGAGGGAGAGAGCAAGCGCUACAACAUGGGCUUGGAGAGAAUUGCACAGAAUAAAGAAAGCAACAAUCAAACAGUGGAGCAGGGAGCGGAGGAGGAAGAGCGUGGCCGAAUCCUGGUCUCUCUCUGCUAUAACACGGAGAAAGGCUGCCUGCUGGUGGGGAUCAUACGCUGUGCCCAUCUGGCUGCCAUGGACUCCAACGGCUACUCCGACCCUUUUGUCAAAAUCAUCUUGCAGCCAGAUAUGGGGAAGAAGUCCAAGUACAAAACGUCUGUCAAGAAGAAGACACUUAACCCAGAGUUCAAUGAGGAGUUCUCGUAUGAAGUGUCCCUGGACCAGCUGGCAAAGAAAACCCUGGAGAUCACCGUGUGGGACUAUGAUUUGGGAAUGAGCAACGAUUUCAUUGGCGGAGUGGAGCUGGGGAUCAAUGCAAGUGGACAGAGACUCAGACACUGGUUCGACUGUCUCAAAAACAAAGGGAAGAAAGUGGAAUACUGGCACACACUGACGCAGCAAGGAGCCCCCAGCAAUGACAAACCGGACUAG